AUGAAACGAGACAACAGUAACAAUCCUUCUUUUAGAGACAAGAAAAGAGUUAAAACGAUUGCUCAGAGAACGAUAGAAACACAUAACAUUACUACCGAUGCUGGUUCAAGCAAAAGUAUGGGCAGUUAUUCUAAUUAUAUGAUUUUAUAUCCUGUAAUAAAUUAUACUCCAAGAACCAUUGAUGUUGUAGAUUUUGCGGAGGCGAGAGCAUUUGAAAUUAAUGCUAUGAAUGACGCUUUGGAGCGAGCAAAUCAAGCUAAAAACUCCAGAGCUUCUCAAAAUCUACCUCGUCACCUUCGACGUCGUGCCGCAAGUCAUAAUGUCAAACGCUUACCUAUUCGCUUAAGAAAAAAGGCAACGGAAGAGAUGGAACUAGAUAAAUCCGUUCCAAAAAAACCUAGCAGACGCAAACAAAGACGUCCCGCGACUUUAUCUGCCGAAUAUAAGAGACGACAAACAAAUAAGAAGUGGCUUGAAACACAUAUGUGGCAUUCUAAACGAAUGAAGAUGACUGAAUUAUGGGGAUAUAAAUUGGCAGAGCAUCCAAAUGAGAAAAGCAUUAAAGCAUCGUAUCGAGCAAGUGAACAUCUAUCGAUCAUCCAUGACGCUUCUUAUUUUGGAUGGUUAAAAGUUUCCGGUAAUUCCAGUAAUAUCAUAAAAUUGUUAAAUAGUGUUACAGACCCAACCUUGCCAUCCGUAGGAAGCGAAAGUGCUUAUCAAGAGGUGUUAAGAGCUUUUGAAUUUGCACGUGAACAGAUGAAUUUAACUGAAUCUGUAUCGAUUGAAAAUCUUCAAGAUGAAUUCCUGAUUUUUGAAUUAACGGGACCACGAUCAACAGCCUUGUUACAAACAGUUCUAGAUUUAUACGAUGAUCCAAUCGAUUUAACCGAGGAAAAUGAUAAAAUGUCUUCAAAACUUCGUGUAAAUAAUGAAGCACACAAGACAUGGAAAACUUUACGUGGUUUACGAACUUCAACUUCAUUACCACCUAACAUUGUUUUAGGGUUAACGGUCCUCGAUCCGCGCUUACAAUUUCCAAAGAAAGUUCCACAACGUUCGAAUUUGAUGCCUGUUGAAUCAGAAAGAGAAUUGCAAGAAAUUUUGGUUAAUUGGCCUGAAAACGUUGCAUAUUCUGAAUUAUGGAGUGACGAGGUUCGGAACGCAUUAUCCAAUAAAAUUUCUGACGGCGAUUUAGAUAAACGCAGAAGUAAAUUACUUGUUCCGGGGCAAAAGUUAUUAUUACAAUCGGAGGAUUCGCUAAUUCCGAUUUUUUUAAUAAAACGGGAUGGAAUUAAUAUGUCGAUUACAUCAAAAAGAACAUCAGAAUUUGUAGGUGGUUGGAAUAUUAUUAUGCCUGCGAAUUGGGGGAUGGCUUUUUGGAAAAGUUUUAUUUUUGCAGGUGCAUGGGUUGGUGGGUUGCGAGAACGUCAUAAUCAUCACUUCGAAUCAGGUAUACCAUGUUUCCCAUACGAUUUUCCUGGUACUAUACCAUACGAGAAUUUUUCAAAUGUUCAGAAAAGGGUAAAACAAUUAGAAUAUAACAAACGCCCACCUGCAAAGCGUCCAAAUUUCAAAAAACUUCUAGUUGAUUCACCAUUCGAACCACCGUUUGAUCAACUGGUGGGAAUAGAUUCAAUAGAACUACGUGAUUAUAUACACGAAAAAAUCAUAGCCAAAGAACAAGAAAAAAAAAUGCCAUGGUUACUUCAAGGAAUAAAAAACAUUCGUUUACUUGAGAAUGCCGAAAAUUACAGUGAAGAAUUUAGCCAAUUACUUUCCAAACAAAUAAUACAAGCAUUCAAUGUUAGAGAUAUAAAUCUUGAAAGUGAAGCUGUUUCACUUGAUUCAAGUAAAGCUCUUGUUCAUGUCAGAGUAGGAUUCUUGGCACGAGGAUUACCUGGACCAAAUGCUAUAAUAUAUAAGGCUGAUAAGAUUACAUAUGAUCAUUGGAUUAAUGUGCUCAACAACAGAAAUGACGACUCAAAUAGUAUUGAAUCGGAAAAUGACGAUACUGAGGGGGUUCAUCCGUCUUCAUUACCUUCCAAAGCUGAUAUAAUUGGUUAUGUUACGACAGGACAAUUUUCUUUUAGUCAAGGACAUGGAUUUGCAAUUGGAUGUUGUUCAGUAACUAGUAUUUUAAACUUAUUUAGAAUUCAAAAAAGUGAAGGAAGGAAAAUAACGAAUUUUGUAUUAGUUAGAAAGAUAACAAGUCAUACUUGUAAACCUGCUAUUUUAGAAAUUUUGCCAUGA